CUGCGCCUGCUUGGGUUGGAUUGGCUACCUAAUGCCUAUCUGUCAGAAUACGUAGUUUGCAUGAUAGUUAUUAUGAAAAAAAUUACAAUUCUAUGAUUCGUAAAUAAAUAAUUUCUCAUGUGUAAUAUUAACAAAUCUAUUUUAUAUUAAAGAUGAGCUCGUGAAGUAGUGAAAGCUAUCUACCAGUAUUUUAAUUUUAAAGUGUGAUAAUUUAUACAUAAUAUAGUUAUAAUUUCUCUCCACCAUCAUGUCAAGCCGCCAAUUGUGUUCCCUUAUAAUUGGAAUUGUUUUAUCUGCAGUGUCUCUUGUAUUCUUCCUGUGCGUAUUAUUUCCUGGCGUUCUUUUGAUUUUCAUCCCUCUGUCCUUAUGGCGUUUCUUGUUGGUUGGAUAUGUAAAACUGUUCCGACCAGACAUUGUCAAAAUAAUGGGUGGAAAGAGCCCUAUUCUCGCCAGUGACAACUUACAUGUUCGCCCACUUUGUACAAUCGUAGGUUUUGGUGCAUUCGACGGAUGUUCCGUCGAGCAAUGCAAAGUUUUUGCCAAAAACUCUGUGUACGCUUCAGAUCCAACCACGGGCAAGAUCCAUCAUCCAGAAGCAAGAAUGUACUACGAAGAAUGGAUGGGAUAUAUGUGGUGGAAGCAGGAAGAAAAUUUUGACCUUUCCGAGCAUAUUGUUGUUUGGGAGGAAAGCGAAAACAAAGUUUUAAGUGAGGAUGACUUGAUAAAUAUCGUUGAAAUUCUUGAAGAAAAGCCUUUCGCGAGAGGAAAAAGUCCAUGGGAAUGUAUCCUGAUUGGAAAUGUUAAACUAAAUGGAGUCAUGAAUCCAGACAUUCCGAAAACAAUUGUCAUGUUCAGGUUCCAUCAUGGCUUGGCUGACGGGAUUGCAAUUUUGACCGUCUUCAUGCGUGCAGUGUUUACUGACUCAUUUGACAAAGUUGCCAAGCCUGUUUAUGUGGAACGUUCUGCUUUUCAAAAGCGAAUGUAUGAAUUGGGUGCGGCUCUGCAAACCCCGUAUCAUUUUUUAAAACAAGGAAUCGACGCCAUGGACGUAAAUGCUUGGCAUCUUCCCGAGAAACAAUUGACCAGAAAAAUUCAUAAAGCCUGGAGUAGUAGAAUUCCUGUUUCUUUGAUAAAAGAGAUCAAGAUGAAGCAUAAAGUUGGAUUUACAGCUGUCCUCUUCGCAGCAGUAUCUGGAGCAAUUCGUGCCAUGAUGAUAAGAUGCAAAGUCCUAGUUCCUCACAAAAUCCACGCGAUCUUACCCCUCCCAUGGCCAGGCCACCCCAACAAACUGAUUAACCAUUGGAGUUAUGGAUUUAUGGAGUUGCCGGUGGGGGCGCCGGAUUUCAAUAAACGUUUGAAUAAGCUUCAUACAUAUAUUGAAAACAUGAAGCGCUCUGUAAUUCCGGCAGUAAAUUUUGCAGCAUUAAAAUUUGCCAACUUCCUGCCCACGUGGAUUAUUAGACGAAUCAUUGUCACAAACUACCUCCCCACAGUCAUCUUGUCCAAUUUUCCUGGCCCCCCCAGUGACAGCGAAGGGGUAGGAGGGUUUCCUCUGGUGGACAAUAUGUUUACGGGCGGGCCCUUAAAUGGCAGUAUCGGAAUAUCCAUAACUAUAUUAAGUUAUGAUGGAGGUUUGAGAAUAGUGGCCGGCGUUGAUUCAGCAAUUCUACAAACAAAGGAAAUGACCAAAGAAUUAAUUUCACUAAUUGAACAAGAGCUGCAGAAUAUGAGGGACGGCGUCUCGGAAUUAAUAGUGUGACCAAAAUAAUUCACUAUACAUAUAACCAGUUAUAUAACUAUCCUUUUGUUUCCGCAUUAUUCUUAUGUACAAUAAAAUGGUUCAAAAAACACGUA